AUGAUGAUAUUUCUGUAUUUUUCAUUUUGUAUCGUAUUCUGGUGCGUUAUCUCGUUAUGGGACGUUAAUUCUGUCCCAUCUGAUUCGUCUGAGAGACUCUCUACAAAGUCCCUGAAUAAGUUCUGCAUUUCUCCUGCAUCCUCGUCUGUUUCCACUGGUUUGAUGGUUUCCAUGUUGAUUCGACUGAACAGCUUCUCAAACUCAACUUUCUCCUGA